GUCUCUUUUAUUCCCUUCAGUCUUCUCUUCUCUUCCAGCCUGUUAUGACAAGUUCUGAGAGAUUUGUGCAUUGGUAUCUUGGUAGUUGACAAGUAGUGCUGCAGGGACAGGGAAAAGGGGAGAUCUGAGGAGCAGUUUCUUCUUUCUUCAUUCCUCUCUCCUACCUUAAGAACAAGAAAUGAUCCAUGAUCCCUUCUAAAAAAAUCAGAUGAAGGAAAGAACAGGUUUAUGAAUUCAGUGACGCUUGUCAUCCAAAGUUGACAUCAAUGGCUCCAAGAACUAGUAGUGUUAAAAUCUGGAGAUAUCGGCAACUCUUUGCUGUACUAUCUUCAGUAAUCCUGGAAUGGGUUUUGAUGCUUCUUUUGCUGCUUGAGGGGCUACUAUCCUAUCUUGUUACGACAUUCGCAAGCCUUUGCAAGCUCCACCCCCCAUGUCCAAUGUGCACAAGGCUAGAUCAUGUCUUGGGCACGGCGCAACCGGGCUUUUACCGUGAUCUGAUGUGCAAUUAUCACAAGGCAGAAGCAUCAUCAUGGGCACUAUGCCACAUUCACCAAAAGCUUUCUGAUGUCCACAGCAUGUGUGAGUCCUGCCUUCCUUCAUUUGCCACCAACAAGAAGUCGAACCAUGCGAUAUACCGGUCCCUGGUGGGGAAGCUUGGUGUCAGCAUUGGCAAUGCAACUGAAGCAUCAGUCAUCAAGGAAGAUACUAAUAGUUUGUGUUCAUGUUGUUCAAGUCCAUUGAAAGUGAAGUCCUAUCCUUCUGUGGUUCUUCAGAACAUAGCUAGUGCCAUUACCACUGAAAAGAAUUCUAGAUAUGCAUCAAGAGAUCAGAGUGUUGAUGAGAUCAACUCUGUAAGGUACAGUGAGCUGAAGACUUCUGACUCUGAAUCAGAGCCCUGGCAGCAUGGUGGUGUUCCUAGCUUGCUGGAGCAUGCUGUUGAUAAUUUGAAGGAAGAUUUUACUUUGAGCCAUCCACAAACAAAGAUUGCAGGUGUCAUUCCUCCAGAUGAGAUUGCACAGGAUGAAAUGGCUAAGAACUCUGACUUGAUGCAACUCCAGAAUGGUAGUUCUGACAGCAAGACUUCCCAAGUUUCAGCAGAGUUGCACACCUUCAGAACUGAUGGCAAUGCAGACCUUCAACCAACUUACUUUUCCAGCAAAAGUGGUCAGCAUCCUACUGAAGAUUCAGACAUAAGAGAUGAUUCGGAAGAAGAUGUUUGGCACAAUGCUGUUAGUUCCAUCAGCGAAUUGUCAGUGACUGGUAAGCCUGCUGAAACCAGUGCCGUGGAGAAUGAACUGAAAGCUGAAUUUACUGAUAGAACCACAACGAAUGAUUCUUUAAGAGCCCAUGAAGAUCUGCGGUUACUGUUGUCACAAGUUUCUUCGGAUGAUAUCAUCAAUAUCCCUGGUGUACAUGAACAAGACAUACUGAACAAUAUCACUAGAGCAGUCUCUCUUGAGAGGAAUGAUUCAGGUGUUUCUGUGAGCAUGGCCAAUGAGGUUGAAGGAGAUUGUACAGUUGAUCAACUGAAGCAGCAGAUCGAAUUGGACCGUAAAUCAAUAAACCUUCUCUGGAAAGAACUGGAGGAAGAGAGGAAUGCUUCAGCCAUUGCCACAAACCAAACUAUGGCCAUGAUCAGCAAGUUACAGGAAGAGAAGGCAGCAAUGCAGAUGGAAGCCCUGCAGUACCAACGGAUGAUGGAAGAGCAAAGAGAUUAUGACCAUGAGGACCUGCAGAAGAUGGCUGCCAUGGUGCAAGAACUCGAAGCCGAGAUUGAAGGCUACAAGACCAAACUGAGAGACCAAUUGCUCGUUACAGAAAUACGCGAUGCAAUGCACCUUUCAUGUUCAGAAGAAUGUGAGCCUAGCAUGUCAAGAACAUCUCAAUCACUCUCCUUUUUUGAGGAUGAGAAGGCGCACAUUUCGAAACACCUGAGGAAACUGAGACAGAAGCUACACCAAUUCUCGAACAAUAGCAUGUUCAUCGACGAGUCAAAGCCUGAUGACAAAGAAGACAAAUUUGAUGUCACAGACAAUGAGGAUAUAUACCAAGAUGCUGAUGAAAAUUCAGAAACGGCCAAUUCUGUGGCCAAGAAAAAAUUGACAAGAAAUGUUGGCAACUUCAGGUACUUGCCUAUUGGUACAAAGGACUCGACACAUGGUAAAGAUGAUCUUAAGGGUCAGUACUAUGCAAUGGUCAGUGAGAAUGACUUGAUUUCUUUUGAGGAUGAGAUCUCUGAACUCAGUGGAAAGCUGAGGGCACUGGAAGCAGACCGUAACUUCCUAGAGCACAGCAUAAACUCACUGAAAAAUGGUCAAGAUGGCGAGGAGCUGAUCCAUGGCAUCGCUUGCAGCCUCAGAGAGCUCCGGAAGAUGGGGAUCAAUUGGAAGGAUUGUGAUUAGUUGAAUCUUCAUCAGUGGCUACCCGUUUGACCGAGGGUGUAAAGAAAUGUGGAUUAAGCUGCUGACUGUAAUGUGCAUGUGGAUAGUGUUGCUGUCAUGUCAUCUGGUCGUGGUGGUGGUAGGUUUUGCGCCGUGCUCUUCGCGUGAAGUGUUCCUCAGUACAAAUGCAGUGUGGAUUUUUGAGUGCCCAGAAUUGACCAAUGCAUACACGCUUUUUUCUCAGUGCUUGCUUAAUUUGCAGUUUUGCAAAUUUUUGAUGUUCCCUUGUGUAUAUAUUGUCAAACAAUCCAGCAUUCCAUCAUGACUUCAUCUCGACAAGUCCAAAAUUUCAACUAAAAUCGAGUGCAAAUUC